CCGCGGCCCGGAGGCCCCCGGACGCCAUGUCGGAGAGCAAGGAAUGGGCCACACUGAGCCCCGAGGAGUUUGUCCAUCUUCUGAAGUACAUUGACUACAGCAGCAAGAAGGUCCAGGACGUGCUGAAGGAAUUCUAUGGGGAUGGCGAAUUGGCACAGCACCUGCAGGGAGAUUCGAUCGACUUCGAGGGCUUCAAGCUGUUUAUGAAAAUCUACCUGGAGGCGGAGAUCUCAGACACGCUCUGCCAGCGCCUCUUCCUGUCCUUUCAAACGUCGGCCGGCGAGACCCCAGGGGAGCAGCCAGCCAGCGGCCUGGUCUGUGUUCACGAUGUCUCCUGCUACUUCUCGUUGCUGGAGGGGGGGCGCCCCGAGGGAGUCCAGCGGCCUGGGUACUGCAACGUCUGCGAGACCCUGCUGGUCGGGCUGCGCAAGCAGGGCCUGUGCUGCACCUUCUGCAAGUUCACGGCUCAUGAGCGCUGCGCCCGCCAGGCGCCCCCCAGCUGCAUCAGCACCUACGCCAAGUCCCGCAAGGACACCAGUGCGCAGAGCCACGUGUGGGUGAAGGGCGGCUGUGAGGCCAGCAAAUGCGACAGCUGUCAUAAGAAGAUCAAGAGCUUCCAGAGCCUGACGGGGCUGCACUGCGUCUGGUGCCACCUCAAGAUCCACGAGGAGUGCCAGCCCAGCGUGCCCCAGACCUGCGACUGCGGGGCCUUGCGAGAUCACAUCCUGCCCCCCUCGGCCAUCUACCCCGUCGUCCUGGAGAGGCAGAACAGCCAGAAGAACGCAGCCUUUCACCACGCCCGAGGGCCAGGCACUGCUGGUGAGUGCGGGGGAGGGGGGGCUGCUCUUGAGCGGCCCAGCCCUGGGCUUUGCCAUCUCCCAUUCCCUGGUCCAUAUGCACAGAGGCCUCUCCCUGCUGGCUCCUACAGGGCAUGGCGGCUCCCUCUGGUGGCAGAAGGUGACCAUGCAGCUGCCUCCCCUGAGCAGAUCAUCCCAGUACCCGACACCCACCCCCUCCUGGUCUUCGUUAACCCUAAGAGUGGCGGGAAACAGGGGGAGAGGGUGCUCCGGAAGUUCCAGUAUCUCCUCAACCCGCGGCAGGUUUACAACCUGAUGAAGGGAGGCCCAGCUCCUGGGCUGAACUUUUUCCGGGACGUGCCAGAUUUCCGGAUCCUGGUGUGUGGGGGUGAUGGCACCGUUGGGUGGAUCCUGGAUGCCAUUGUUGAAGCUGACGGGGGGGGCCACCUGGCACUGAGCCCUCUGGGCAUUAACUCGGGGGCUCCCUGAUGCCUCUCCCUUCCCGCAGGCUACGACGGGGAGAACCUGGGGAAGAUCCUGAAGGACAUAGAGAGCAGCAGCGUCCUGCUCAUGGACCGAUGGCUGGUGCAGGUGACCCCCGAGAACCCCUCCGAGAAGGGGGACCCCGUCCCCUACGAGAUCAUCAACAACUACUUCUCCAUCGGCGUGGAUGCUUCCAUCGCUCACCGCUUCCACCUCAUGAGGGAGAAGUGUCCUGAGAAAUUCAACAGCAGGAUGAAGAACAAACUCUGGUAUUUUGAAUUUGCCACAUCAGAGACCCUCUUCGCCACCUGCAAAAAGCUCAAGGAAUAUCUGACCAUUGAGGUGAGGGACUGA